AUGGCUUCUCUGAUAUCUCCCAUGACACCUGCACUUCAGCAGAAUCCUAAAAUUAUUUGCUUUUCUGCUUUCAAGCCUACUUUGCAUCAUGAUAAAUCUCCUUUCACUAGCCGUUUGAGAAGUAACUCAGGCAGGUGUAAAGCAUAUUUUGGCAACAUCCCAGAUGAAUUAUUGGAGAACGCUCUUCAACUGGAUCAAUUCCCAGCUUUUCAAUCUGGGUUGGUGCAAUUUCAGAGUGUUACUGAGGAACUGUCAGAUACGCAGAAAUGGGGUCUUCUGAUUUUUGCAGGGGCGGCAUGGAUUUACUUAACUGCAAGGCCUGGUGUUCUCAUUGGUGCCAUUGAUGCAUACCUUCUGGCUCCUUUGCAACUUGGUUUGGACAGUUUGACUGGAAGGAGGAACUUGAAGAGUAGUGAUUUUCUGGUUGGCGAUAAAUUGGGAGAAGGUUCUUUUGGUGUUGUUUAUUCUGGGGUGGUUGUUCCAAGGAACGCAACUGUAGAGAAGUUGCCCAAGAGGGGAACUGGAAGAGCAUUACAGUUGAAUGAGAAGUUCAAAGAAAAGGUCAUACUAAAAAAGGUGAAGGUUGGAAUCACAGGGGCAGAACGAUUCGGCGAAGUUGAAGAGUGGUUUAAUUAUAGGCUGUCAAGAGCAGCUCCUGAAACGUGUGCUAAGUUCCUCGGAAGUUUUGUUUCUGAUACAACAAGUUCCCAAUUCACAAAGGGGGAAAAUGGCUUGUUUGGAAAUUCGAGAAGCAAUUGUUUAAUAUUUCCUGAUUCACUAAGCUUCAUCUAUUCAAUCUCAAUGCAUAAUGAUUUGUUUAUGGUUCUGGGAGAUCGAACCCUUGGUGAUUACAUGAAAGGUCGUAACUUCCCUUUUAACUUAGAGCCUGUUAUGUUUGGGCGUGUUCUGCAAGGAGUUGAUUCUGUUAAACGAAGUGCAUUGAUCAUCAAGCAAAUAAUGCGCCAGAUUUUUACUUCACUUAAGAAAAUCCAUGAUACUGGCAUUGUUCACAGGGACGUAAAGCCAGCCAACUUAGUGGUGACAAAAAAGGGACAGAUUAAGCUCAUAGAUUUUGGGGCAGCCGCGGACCUCCGAAUUGGCAAGAACUACAUACCUGACCAAAGUCUGCUUGAUCCAGAUUAUUGUCCACCUGAACUAUUUGUGCUCCCAGAGGAGACACCAAGUCCUCCACCUGAGCCGGUUGCUGCUCUUCUUUCUCCAGUUAUAUGGCAGUUAAACAGUCCUGAUCUAUUUGAUACGUACUCUGCUGGGAUUGUUCUCCUGCAAAUGGCAAUACCAAGCUUAAGGCCUGUAUCAGGCUUAAAGAAUUUCAAUACAGAAAUAAAGAAAGCUAGAUAUGAUUUGAAUAAAUGGAGGGAGAUUACUCGAUUGAGGCCUGACUUGACAAUUCUUGAACUUGACUCUGGUAGAGGGUGGGAUCUAGCUACAAAACUGGUUUCAGAGAGAGGUUAUCUUGGAAGGGGACGCUUAUCAGCAGCUGCUUCUCUAAGGCAUCCUUAUUUCUUGUUGGGGGGUGAUCAGGCAGCUGCAGUGAUUUCAAAGUUUAGGUUAACCAAAUAG